AUUUUCGAUUUAUAUCACUGAAUCGUUUAUACGAUAUUUAAGAAUCAAAUAAUUAAUUACAAAUUAAAGAAACUUUGUUUAAAGUUACAUAUUAUUUUUCUUUCAACGAUUAAUCUUCGAUUCGAUCUGUGAUACGAAAAGAGGCAAAUGCCCUCUAUAUCUGAUAAUUCCACAUGACAGAAUUAAUUGAUUUCCGUAUCUGUAGCCUUUAUAAAAUUCAAGCUGAUAUUGUUUCUAAAAAUCAUUUAUCUGUAAAAGGAAAUCUUAUAAUGCACGUUAUCUGAAAAUCUGAGGUCAACACCCUCUUAUCCGGAAUAGUUCUCCUGCAAAAUUUUUGCUCUCCCUCCUUGUCCAUUUCCAUUAUAUAGGAGAAUUUGUUACCAUUCACGACAUUCUUUGAACAGUCAGUUUCUAACGUGUCUUCGUAACAAUGUCACAUUUGACUGCUUUCGAGUUACUCUUUACUACUUUGAUCUUCAUCAUCUUGGCCAAGCUUACUUCAAUACUGUACACACAGUUCACUUAUUGGAAGAGGAACAAAGUUCCGUACGUACGGUCAAGUCCUUUAUUUGGAACCGCUUGGAGAGUGUUCUUUCGCCUCGUCAGUUUCCCCAAUUACUGUAAAUAUAUUUACAAUUAUCACCCGGAUGCGAGAUACGUCGGAGUGAUGGAUUUCGCCACGCCGACCGUGAUCGUGCGCGAUCCAAAACUGAUCAAAGAGAUAGCCGUGAAGAAUUUCGACAAUUUCCCGGAUCAUCGAAGCUUCGUCACCGAGGAGAUGGAUCCUGUAUUCGGGAAGAACGUGUUCUCAUUGAAGGGUGACCGAUGGAGGGAGAUGAGGAACACACUCAGCCCCUCGUUCACGGCCAACAAGAUGAGAUUCAUGUUCGAUCUCGUGUCCAAGUGUUCCCGCGAUUUUGUCUCGUGUUUGCACGAUCGUUUGGAAUUUUCCUCCGAGAUCGAGGCGAAGAACGUGUUCACCAGAUACUCGAACGACGUGAUCGCCACGGUUGCCUUCGGCAUAACCGUCAACUCGGUCGAGGAUCCGGACAACGAGUUCUACAAGAGGGGUAUCGAUGUAUCCACGUUCUCCGGCACGUUUCGUUUCAUAAAAUUCAUGCUGUUCCGUUUGAACCCGCGUCUAACGAGGAUGGCAGGCCUCACGUUCCUGUCCCGCGCCACGUCCAAAUUCUUCUGGAGAGUGAUCUCUGAAACGGUGACCGCUAGGAAGAGACGCGGCAUCGUCAGACCGGACAUGAUACACCUCCUGAUGCGGGCGACCGAUUCCAAGAAGAAAUCCACCCACGAGAUGACCAUCGAUGACAUCGUGGCGCAGGCGUUCAUCUUCUUCCUGGCCGGUUUCGACACAACUUCCACCCUGAUGUGUUACGUGGUCUACGAGCUUGCCCUGCACCAGGACGUUCAACGGAGGCUGCGCGAGGAAGUGGACCGCCUGUUGGACGAUGGGAUGGAAAUCUCUUACGAGGACACGUUGGGAAUGGAAUACAUGGAGAUGGUGAUAUCAGAGACCCUUAGGAUGCAUCCACCGACGUUGUUAAUCGACAGACAAUGCGCCAAGGAGUUCCAUUUGCCUCCAGCUGGUCCAGGCUACGAAGGUGUUACGAUACAUCCCGGUGAAAAUAUUUGGUUCCCCGUUUUCGCGAUCCAUCGUGAUCCCGCGCAUUUCCCCGAUCCGGACAGGUUCGAUCCCGAACGAUUCAAUCGUGAGAAUAAGAAUGGCGUCGAUCCUUACGCGUACAUACCUUUCGGGGUUGGCCCCAGAAAGUGCAUUGGCAAUCGUUUCGCGUUGAUGGAAACCAAACUUUUGAUCGUUCAUCUAUUGCGAAAGUUCGUUAUAAAGCCUGGCGAGAAAACCAAGCAUCCCAUUGUGUAUAAGAAGGCUGAUUUCACAUUGAUGCCGAAAGAUGGCUUUUGGAUCACUUUUGAGAAGAGAAACAAUUAAACUUACCUUCUUUUAUUACGUUAUUUAUAACAUCGAGGUACGCUUGAUGGCGAAGGAUAAUUCGAUAAAGAUAAGUUGUAUUUCUGGUAAAGUUUAAUCUAAAUUCUAAUUUUAAUUUCAAUUUUUUGAAACUAAAAAUCGAAAG